AUGAACGGAGGAAGGGGCGGCGAUACUUCCACAGGGGAACGGCGCUUCGGGCGUGUGCGGGAGGGAGCGGUUGAAGGCGUGGGCCAGCCGCCUGAGGGACGUCCAGAGCAAGAUCGCCUUCUACCUCCAGUUGUUCCCCAUCAUCAGCCACCUCAACAGCACUCGCCUCCUUGUGCAAGUUAUCAACAGCGCAGCUGCUCCCAGCUCGGCCGGGGUAUACUAGACACAUGCUCAUUAUCAUGCUUAAAAUCAUGCAAAAUUGCAAACCCAUGCACCAAGCCACCAACUAUAUGUAAGUCACAUAUUUUUAUGCUAUUUCAGGGUGUUGAAGAGGAAGUUCUAAGGUCGUUUCAGAAUCUCUCAGAUCUUCAGGAUGAGCAAAGGUUUCAGAAUCUGAGUUUUUCUCAGUUGAGGAAUGCCACAAAUAACUUCUCAUUAGAGAACCAAAUUGAACAAGGCCCUUUGGCCACUUUAUUCAAGGGUCAACUACACGGCAAUGAUGUCACUAUAAAAAAACAUUCAGUUAUUUCAAGUUCAGAGCAAAAGCUACCACCAAGUAUGAGUCAAUUUGAGCUAUGUAAAAACGAAGUCCAGAUCCUGCCAAAGCUUCAGCACAAGAACAUAGUGAAACUCUUGGGAUUUUGUGCGGAAAGAAGCGAGAGGAUCGUGGUCUACGAGCACAUGGAAAAUGGGAGCCUUGAGGACGUCAUAUUUGUGCGCGUGGGAGCAGGGUUCGUAGUUGACUGGCCUACACGCUUCCGUAAAAUCCAAGGGAUAGCACAGGGCGUAGAUUAUCUACACAAUCAUUCCAGGCUGCGCAUCAUCCACAGAGAUAUGAAACCAAGCAGCAUUCUCUUGGAUUCAGAUAUGAUCCCAAGAAUAUCUAAUUUUGACUUGGCCAAAGCUCUAAGUCCUGGUAUACACCAAGGCACUGCUGACUGUGUUGUAGGUUCACUAGUACAUGAAAAAUGGUACAUUCUCUGUAAAGACCGAUGUGUACAGUACAGCUUUGGUGUCAUGGUCCUUGAAAUAGUCAGUAGGAAAAGAUGGACUCAGCCACUUCAGAAGACGUAUUACCAAGAUCUACUCACAUGGGCCAUUAACAGGACAACAUGUCCCGGCAACAAAAUGGUGCAGAGGCUCAAGGGCUUCAUGCAUCCAACGAUGCACAGCGUCGCGUUCUGCGGCAGGGCAGUGCCACGGUGCCUGUCGUUGCCGACGAGGAGGAGGGUGCUGUCGAUGCAGAGGGAGAUUAGGAGGUGUGUUCGGGUAGCCCUGCUCUGCAUCCAAGAGAAGACUGAGCGCCGACCAGACAUGCCGGGGCUCACGAGGAUGCUAAGCUCCAGGAAGAAGGCAGUGCCGUUUCCUCGCCGGCCAGGAUACGCCACGGAGAGCCCGAUGUACGCCGGCGAAAGGAGCACGACGACGCCUUGA